AGGAUCACGAUAGAGGACGUGAAGGUCACUUUGGUUUCACAUUGCACCGGUACGAUGGCGGAUAUUAAGCGAGCUCAAUUGACUUCAGAAAAAUCCUGGCAAGCGUUGCAAAACUACUUUGACAGCAAUGCCGCAAAUAUUAAUAUGCUGGAGAUGUUCAAGAUCGACCCAAAGCGAUUCGAAAAAUUCAGCACGCCACUGAAAACGAAGGAUGGCGACCUUCUACUGGAUUACUCCAAAAACCUCAUCAACGAAGACGUGAUGCAGAUGCUGUUUGCUCUGGCUCGGGAACGAAAGGUGGAGGAGAUGAGGGCGGACAUGUUUGGUGGAAAGAAGAUCAACUUCACAGAGAGCCGAGCUGUCCUUCACGUCGCCCUGAGAAACAGGUCCAACAAGCCAAUUCUUGUGGACGGCAAAGAUGUGAUGCCAGAUGUGAACGGUGUUUUACAACACAUGCGACAGUUCUCCGAUGCAGUUCGUAAAGGAGAAUGGAGAGGAUACACUGGAAAGGCUAUCACAGACAUCGUUAACAUUGGUAUCGGUGGAUCAGACUUGGGACCCUUGAUGGCCACAGAGGCACUGAAGAAGUACCAGUGUGGCCCAAAUGCCCACUUCGUGUCGAACAUCGACGGAACGCACAUGGCCAAAACACUCCAGAAUCUCAACCCAGAAACUACCCUGUUCAUCAUCGCGUCAAAGACAUUUACUACACAAGAAACCAUCACCAAUGCUACAACAGCCAAGAACUGGUUGAUACAGGCGGCCAAAGAUCCUGCAUAUGUUGCAAAACAUUUUGUGGCUCUGUCAACUAAUGCUACCAAGGUAAAGGAAUUCGGAAUUGACGAGGAGAACAUGUUCGGAUUCUGGGAUUGGGUUGGAGGUCGUUACUCUCUGUGGUCGGCCAUUGGCUUGUCCAUCGCCCUCAAUAUUGGUAUGGAUAAUUUUGAGGAGAUAUUGGCUGGCGGACAUUUCAUGGACAACCAUUUCUGCAAUGCUCCUAUGGAAGAAAAUAUCCCCAUUCUCCUGGCCCUCAUUGGAGUAUGGUACACCAACUUUUACAAGGCUGAGACACAAACACUUCUGCCAUACGAUCAGUAUCUUCAUAGGUUUGCUGCCUACUUCCAACAAGGCGACAUGGAGAGCAACGGAAAGUACAUCACACGCAGUGGUCAAAAGGUGGACUAUAAGACCGGGCCGGUAAUCUGGGGAGAGCCUGGCACCAACGGUCAACACGCAUUCUACCAACUUAUACACCAAGGUACCCGGUUGAUCCCCUGUGACUUCCUGAUGCCAGUGCACACACAGAACCCUGAACAGAACGGCUUGCAUCAUCAGAUAUUACAGGCUAACUUCCUCGCUCAAACAGAGGCCCUGAUGAUGGGUAAGACGACUGCUGUUGCACGAGCAGAACUUGAGAAGUCUGGCAUGAAAAAGGAGGAUUUAGAACAUAUACUCCCUCACAAGGUGACGGUGGGGUUCUUUAGCUCUAACUCCCUGUUUAUUUGUCAAGCGGUGGGGUUCUUUAGCUCUAACUCCCUGUUUAUUUCCAUGUACGAACAUAAAAUCUUUGUACAAGGAACGAUCUGGGACAUCAACUCGUAUGACCAAUGGGGAGUUGAACUGGGUAAACAACUGGCCAAAGUGAUCCAGCCCGAGUUAGCUGGGAAGGACCUGGUGUCCAGUCACGAUUCCUCAACCAACGGUCUCAUAAACUUCAUCAAGUCACACUAAAAACAUCAGAGGUCAAGGUCGUAAUCCUACCCAGGGUCAAGGUCACCAGCCUGUCACUGAUCAAGGUCACAUGGAACACUGGAUUACCUCCCUUAGACUUUAUAUUAGGCCCAUUUGUUCAAAGUUUUAAUAGCUGAAACAAAACAACUGUCAAAGUGGAAGGUUUUGUGAAGUUGACAUUCUUCAUAAAAAUUGCAUUUAUUAAAGCUGCUACAAUACUGCCAACCGCAAAUGUCCACACCACAAAUAAUUUGAUGUGUGCAAACUAAACAAAAAGUUACUGUUUUACAGUAUCUGGUGUAUGACUGUGUAAAUACAAGGGCUAUAUGAAACAUUGAUAAACUGGGCCCUUAAUAACUGUCAAAGGGUACCGAAUCUCAAAAUACAUUGGACGGUUUGAUACUUUAUACAGAUAUGUGGAAGUUGUUGUUCAAAAAUAAAUUUCAGCCUCAUAUUGACAUUUUGUGCCGCAUGAAGUAUAUGUGUUAACUUGAAGAAAUAAAAAUUAUUCAGUUAUGUUAUAGCUUAACCUCCGGACUGUUUCAAUAAUAAGUGUAGGUGAGGGGGUGGGAGGCACUUUUUCAGGGACCCCACCACCCAUGAAAUAUCAAAAUUGUUUAAAUAUCAGGAAUGGCAGGCAGAGCUGGAUAUAAACCCAUCACCAAUAACAUAUCGACAUAUGUGCCUCCCACCUCCCCCAGACAAUUACAUGUUGUAUAGCCCUAACCUGAUAUCAGUUCAGGAACCACUAGGUAAGCUACUGAACUGGAAGGUUUGAAUGUUUACCUUACAUGUCAUUCCUUGAAGAAAAAUCAAAAUCAAAUUACAUUUAAUAAAGAUCCUCUAUCUCAGACCAGUAGCAGUACUGUGUAAUGAUUGAAAAUGUAUUUUCAUGUCUAAUAAAAAAAAUAAGACUUGAAAAGAGUGAAAUCAUGUAGAAAAUGUGAAAAAGGCUGGAUAUUCUGUUCACAAUUUUAAAAGAUUGUGAAAUUUAAUGAUGUGGGAUGGAAUGUUAUUAUAUUUUCAUUGGAUGAAAUCUGUCAAAGAACUGCUGUGAACUGUUAUACUUCUGGCCCUGUUUAUGUCCUCUAAGUUUGAAAAGAAGGUAAAAGUCAACAAAUACCAGAAAGUAAAUUGUAACUUAAAAAACAAACAACUAUGGUAUAGCCUUCGAACCAUGAACUUGUGCACCAGUUAGAGCUAGUCUCCUUAAAAAUAGAACAAGUUUUAUGAAUUAUUUACUUUUUACAUACAAUGAUGGUAAUCAUUGGGAAAUCACUCAGUUCCAGAGGUUAGCCAUGUGUGCAUUAAGACGGGAGACCGGGUAAAUUCUGUUCGAAAGACCAGAGGACAAAAAUUUGGAGGGCUGAAAUUAUAGUGGUUUGGAUUGUCGCAGGAAAAAGGUGCAAUUUUGAAUUAAGAUAUGAAACCAAUUUUGUUCUGUUUGUAUAUUUGUUUUAAUGUAAACCUCUUACAUAUAGUUUGAUGACCUUGUUUUGAUUUGUAGCCUGCCAUGUUAAGCGUUAUAUGUACAUGUCAAGUCUCGCUCUAAUAAAUGUUUAUAUCAAACCAAUUUGUAUGGGCUGUAAAAAGAUCUGGUUAGUAGACACAAUGUAUUCCUCCUCCUGUUGGUGUCGUUUGUCAUCAGAAGAUCGGUGGGAUUGGACCAUCUGGGUCAUUAGGGAAAAAAACGAUUUAAGUUCAACAUAUAUUUGAUAUGGAGGAAAAUUUGAGUUUUAAGAAGAAAAGUGAUAUUAGCCAAAAUGUGAUGUUAGCUAGCAUGACAAUAAGUGGAUUUGUUAAGUUUUGUAUUGAUAAAAUGUUUUAGUUUUGGGGUUCUUUAUUUACAUAGUAAAAACGUAGCUGAAAAUAUGUCUAUUUUCUGGAUGUGUUAUGUUGGAAAUUCUGAUAGGGUUGUAACUUCAAUCUACAGCUUAUUUUAAUGUUAAUCCUGGUUUCUGUUUUUGUAGUUUUAUACAAAUAGUAACAUUCAAUUUGAAACAGUGAAAUCAGCAAUGUUAAAUGGGCGAUAGCGAGUGACUAGGCAGUCUGUUUUGUUUGUGUUUAUGCUUCAUUUUGAAUAUUUUGGUACAUACUUUACUACAUGUAUAAAAAAAGAUUUACGCAACUUAAGAACAAUUAAGAAAAGUUACUAUAAAAGAAUUGAUGUGACUUAUUAUAACAAAAGAAACAUGCUUUAGUUUCAAUUCACAAAUUGCAUAACUCAUUCCCCCCUGAAGACACAUUUGAACCCUUCCUAUUCAAAGAUUGGAAUAGUUCAUUUUGAAAUUUCAGGGGUGAAUGAGUUUAGAUGUUAUUUCAAUAUUGAGAAUUAGUUUAUCUUUACAUAAAAGAAGGGAGAGACAAUGGCUUCAGUUUAUGUGGUGCAAAUUAUUAUCUGGCUUUACUUGGUGCAAAUAUAUGUCUGUAAUUACGUGGUUCAAAUGAUGUGUGGUGCUUCUUUGUGCAAAUAAUGUCUUAUAUAACGUUGUGCAAAUAGAGAUAUAUACUUGUCUCGUAGUAAGUGGUGAGCAAGUUUGUGAUGUCAACUAUUUAUGUUCCCGAGUUCUGAUAACAGAAUGAUAGGGUUUGUGUAUGGUAAAACUAUAAUGGUGUCGCUUAAAACUUCUAAAUCUGUCUUGAAUUAUAUAUAGGUACUAACAUACAUUUCAUAAAGUCCCAAUGCAAGUAAUUAUGUGUAUUGAUUUAUAAUCUGGAAAUAAAAUCAAAUGUUAGCGCAUCGUG